GGGAAGAAGGCAGGCGCUCACACUUCCGGGUCUGGUUUAGCUGGCUGCUGGAGGAGAGGAUCUAGGGCUGUGAGAGCCGCAGCAAGACGGGAAGGCGCUCGGGCGACCCGCGUUUGGAUGCUGCCCGCCAUGUGAAAGAGGAGCGUGUGCCCCGUCCCACGAGGCUCUUUCCCCCUGGACAGUACACUGAUGCGAUGGAGCCUGGAACGAAUUCUUUUAGAGUGGAGUUCCCUGACUUCUCUAGCACCAUUCUGCAGAAGCUGAACCAGCAACGUCAGCAAGGGCAGCUCUGUGACGUUUCUAUUGUCGUCCAGGGACAUCUCUUCCGAGCCCACAAAGCCGUCCUGGCAGCCAGUUCCCCUUACUUCUGCGACCAAGUGCUCUUGAAAAACAGUCGGCGGAUUGUCCUGCCCGACGUCAUGCACCCCAGGGUGUUUGAGAACAUCCUUCUGUCGACGUACACGGGUCGGCUGGUGAUGCCUGCUCCAGAGAUUGUCAGCUACCUCACGGCGGCAAGCUUCCUUCAGAUGUGGCACGUGGUGGACAAGUGCACAGAGGUGUUGGAAGGGAACCCUUCCGUGCUUUGUCAAAAGCUCAGCCGGGCCAGUGACCGCCAGUCCCCAAGCAGCAGUAACUACAACGGCCUUGUGGAGAGCUUUGAGCUGGGGUCUGCGGGGCAGACGGACUUCCACAAAGUGCAGGACGGCGAAAACGAAGAGGAAAGCUCGAAAGAUGAGCUGUUGUCUCAGCUCACUGAACACGAGUAUCUCCCCAGCAAUUCUUCGACCGAGCAUGACCGGCUGAGCACAGGGAUGACCAGUCAAGACGGGGAGGAGGGAGCGAGUGAUAGUGCCGAAUAUCAGUACACCAGGCCCCUUUACAGCAAGCCCAGCAUUAUGUCUCACAAGCGGUGGAUCCAUGUGAAAACAGAGAGGUUUGUGCAGGACUGUGAAGGGGUGGAGGUGCCCGGCACUUACGACGAGCACCAAGUAUCUGAAUCCAUGAAUGCUCUUCAGACAGGCCACUCUGUUCCAAGAUCUGGCCCCGAAGACCUCCGCGUCACUGAGAAAAAGAUGGUAACGGAGUUCAGUCAGCAAACCAACGAAAGCAAUUACGACGAGCAAGUGGACUUCUACGGCUCUUCCAUGGAAGAGUUCUCUGGGGAAAGGGGCGACGGGACGCUAAGCCUUCAGAGACCGGAUGCUGAUGUUGUUGCAGGUUACAGAGAUAGCAUGGAUGUACCCUCUGGGAUCAAGGAAGAGAAUGCCCUGACUGGGUUCUCCACUGCUGACAAGCUAUAUCCAUGCCAAUGUGGCAAAAGCUUUACCCACAAGAGCCAGAGAGACCGUCAUAUGGGCAUGCACCUUGGCCUGCGGCCUUAUGGUUGUGGUGUGUGUGGUAAGAAAUUCAAAAUGAAGCACCACCUGGUUGGCCACAUGAAAAUCCACACAGGCAUCAAACCUUACGAGUGCAACAUAUGUGGGAAAAGGUUCAUGUGGAGGGACAGUUUUCAUCGGCAUGUAACAUCUUGUACUAAGUCAUACCAGGCCUGCAAAGCAGAGCAGAACACUACUGAGAUGAACUGAAGGGGGGGGGGAAACCCCAGAGUGUAUUGGAGGGGAAAGGCAGAGAGGCACAGAGCACAUAACUGCAUCGCAGAGUAAAACAGAAUAAACACAUUGCACAGAAGCGUCCCCGGCACUUUGUUGUAUGAGAUUCUGGGUGGUUUGCUUAAAAUAAAAACCCAUUGCACAGGCAGGAUCACCAGUGGAGACAAGCAGGGGAAUUCCUCUGCCUAGACUACAAAUAAGGAAAUAAGUUUGAGUGGAGGUACUUUAGAGUAAUAAUUAUUAAUUACUAUUUAUUAUUUUUGUAUUUCGGUAGUAGCGAUUGGAGGUUCUUUUCAGAGGAAUACUGACGAAUGUUCUCUGUCAUCUCAGUAGUGUUCUCCGCAUUCAGUGAGUCUGCUUCUAGAUGCAUGCAGAUCCUGACUUCCUUGGUUAAGUGACAACUUUCUUUUAAUUGUACUCCUCUGUUUAGCCGUGCUUGUCCCCCCCCCCCAAUUUAGCCCAAAUAAAUACGUGGGCAGUUACCUUUUUAGAACCAAAGGGUGAUUAUAGCUAUCCGAAACACAAGUUGCUAGCCAACUUUCAGGUGCUGACAGCUUUAACAAGCGGCUGCUUUUUCAUCGGUCGAACUUUGAGUUCCAUUGACUGGCUCUGUUUGUCUUGGCAGAGUAAUUCUGCUCCAUGCUUAUUUUUCAAUUUUUUUUGUAAAGCACUUGGCUAUAUUGUGAUAGACACUUUAUAUAGGGACAGAUUAAGCUAUAACCUCAUCUCCCCCCCCCCCUGUCCCAUUUGUGCCUAAUGCAGCUAGCCAGUCAAACACGGCGAGAAUGCUCUUUUGGCUAUUGCAAUAGAUGGUAUCAUGUUUGCUCCCCAAUUAGACAAGAAUGCUCUUUUCUGGUACUUGAGACUCCAGGCAGACGUUUAUCCAGUUUUUUUUGGGGGGGGGGUUACUCAGUUUUGGGGCACUUGCUUCAGGAAUUGAUGAUUAGGUACCAACCCUUCACAGAACAAAACUCGUCUGCUGAUUUCCCCAUCAGGGUUCACAAUGAACACUUUUGGUACUGACCUCACUUAGAUUGGGAGCCAGGAGCGGCCAAGGCUAGGGAAGCCUCUCUAAGGGACAUAACUGGCUUCUCUCCCGGAGAAGGUUAAGAAUCAGAACGGCUUUUGCUGGAUGCUCCUCAAUGAUGCUGUGCAGACAUCUCCAAACCUGGAAGCAGCUUGUGGAUUUCUGAAUACGAUACUUGUCCUCUGCGAAGGAUGAAUUUUUUUAAACACUGGAAUCUUCUUUUUUUAUAACUAGAAGUUGUUACAGAUUUUUUUAAAUAGAACUACUGUUCCUUUCUUUUCCCUCCCCCCACCUCCUCCCCUUUUGUCACCUCUACUACAAGGUGAAUGCGUAAGACAGAAGAAACUUGGAACCGCCAAAGCAUUUGUGCUGCUAUUUGAUAGGAAAUGGGGGCAGAAACCCUCCAUAUUUGCUAUGGACAGAGGUGGCUGGGUAUGUUGCUUGGCUAAUUGGGUGUUUCUUGAACAGAAUACUUAGUCUGUGCCAGAGUAGCUUACUAGCACCGAGGGAUGUUUUGGUCCGUCCGUCCCCCCAAGCGUCAGCCUGUCAAACUGUGAAUAGAAAGGGGGGGGGAUAAGAUGGGUGGACCUUGUAUUUUAAACCUAUGUGCAUAUACACCAAGGAAAGCAAACAUUUCUGGGGUUGUUGCCCUCUUCCCUUAAUUGCAGAGUUUAAACAAACUUUUCAGAUGAUAAGCUGUGUCUAGAAUAUAAACGUUUGGCACAAAUAUGGGUUUGGUUAUUUGGUAUGGUACUACUGCAACUUCUCCUUUGGUGCACUACUUAACAGGCUUUUUAAUUUUUUUUAAAAAGCUUUCCUGAAUCGGUCCAAUAUCAAUUUUUCAGAUAUUUCCCCCCACCCCAUCCCCAGUCAUUGGUAAGCAUUUAAAUAGUAGUCUCCCUCAUACGGCAUUUCUGUUGCUGGUAGCGGGCUCAUGCAGCAAAAAGACCUGUUACUUUGCCCGCUUCCGUGAGAUCAGCAGUACACCAGAGUAGAAGUGGCUGCCACUGACUUGGAUCCUAGCAAACAAAGUAACCCAACAGGGAUCUUCUUGCUAACACUGUAACCUGCUAAAUGUAUAGAAGCACUUUGUAUUUAAAAACAAGCAAACAGAAAAACCCUUUAUAAAUGUUUUUUAGAACUUAAAAAGAUAUAUAUAUAUAUAUAUAUAUUCCCUCUAGUUUGUUUUCUUAUUCAUGUUGUCCGAUCAAUUUUUUUUCCUGUCUUCAAUCUUGAAAUUUUAUAUUGGUAAGAAGCUUUUUGUUUACAUGAGCAUGGGGGCUGGGAUUUGUGUAAGGAGGAUGGCAAUCCUAAGGGUCUGCUUUUUUUUUUAAAAAAAAUCCUUACUGCCUUAGAAUCUCCAGGAAGCCAUUUUAUUUGCAAACUUCUACGGCAGGUAUGGAGAACCUUUUGGCCCUCCAGCUGUCGCUGAACUACAGCUGCCACCAUCCCUGGCCAGUGUGGCCAUGCUUGCUGAGGCUGAUGGGAAUUGUAGUUCAGUAACAUCUGGAGGGACAGAGGUUCCCCACCCAGGUUCUGUGGGCUCUGUUGGGGAAAAGAGAGCCUGUGCUUUCUGUUGUUCCCUGCAGUAGCUCUCAACUUUUUGUGCACUGUGACCUCACACAAACUCUUCCUCCGUGCUGCCAAUCUAGCCAUUGCAAGGAAGGGAGACAGGCUCAGUCCACCUCAUUCUGAUGACCAGCUUUUCUACCAGCCCUGCUUUGGUGCUGUUCACUGCUUCUUGAUGUGCAAGAUUGAAGCGGGCAAAACCUUUCCUGCCAUGAAGGGGAAGCUUCUCUUGUGUAAAAGCUGCAUGUUGGGCAGCUGCAAGAGUCACGGGAGCAGAGCCCUGGCAACCCUUCAAUCCUCCCACGGAAGUCCUGUGGCUUAAUCCAUUAAUGGGAAGCUGUGCAAGAAUAGGCCUCCUUUCGCUUGGAGCAUGCACGGGAAGGCUGGAUUAUUUCCCUCUUCUCUAUCAGCUUGAUGCCCUCACUAGACAGGACAUAACAGAGGUCAAUUGAAUAUAGGAACAGUUAGUGAAUGACUAUAGGUGGUAUUCAAAGCUAGUCCUAUCCAGAAUAGACCUGUUGAAGUUAACAGUCAUGACUAAGGUUCAUUAAUUUAAGUGUGUCUGCUCUGAGUAGGACUAAGUUGAACACAUCCUUAUGACUACAAAGCUUUGAAAUGUAGGUAAGAUGGUAAAGGGUUUCCUACUGGAGUAGAAGAUACCCAAGAACAUUUGAUUGGCUCAUUUUUCUUGUCAUGGUAAAAAUGGAAAUGGACUGCCUUCAAGUCGAUCCCGACUUAUGGCGGCCCUAUGAAUAGGGUUUUCAUGGAAAGCGGUAUUCAUAGGUGGUUUACCAUUGCGUUCCUCUGAGGCUGAGAGGCAGUGACUGGCCCAAGGUCACCCAGUGAGCUUCAUGGCUGUGUGGGGAUUUGAACCAUGGUCUCCCAGGUCGUAGUCCAACACCUUAACCACUACACCACACUGGCUCUCUUGUCAUGAUAAACCAUAGUUAAUGGUUUCAUCACAAACAAAGAGGGCACACACCUCUAGUGUAAGCAAGAGCAACAAACCCUAAUCUCUGGCUUAAUGAUAUGUCCAACCUGGUUUGAUUUGCUCCAAACAAACCCAUGAUUGCUAAGCCAAGAACAAAUGCUGGCUUCAAAUUGUGAUUUGAUUGGAGCAAAACAAACCAUGAUUCCCAGUUUGGACAUAACAUGAAGCCUGAGGUUAUGGUUUGUUCUUGCUCAUGCUAGGGGAGGAGUAAAGCAGGAGCCAUGGUUUAAUUGCAGUUCACCAUGAUGUGUGAACACUGCCAUUAUCACCUUCAGUGUUAAGCAGUAACUUUAUCUGAGAAAUUCUUAUUGUUAACUUGGACUCCUUGGUUGCAAUCCUAGUGGCUGUUGGGAAGACAGGCAUGAAUCUUUUUCCUGGUUUUCCCAGCUGAUGACGCAUACGUAGUUGACAGGCCCAAGGAAUCAUGACCAGUCUAUUGGCUUGUGCGGGAAACUCAGCUGCAAGUUGCUACUGGGAAAGGCUAGGUCCAGCUUGGAAUGUGCACACAUAAGACUAGCAGUUGAGGGCCCAGGAUAUUGGGAGUGAUGAAAAAGCAACAUAAAUUACCACCAUGCUAUGCUAAGUUGCCUUUAUUAAUAAGGGAGUGCUAACUAAUGCCUUGCCAGCAAGUCUAUAAAAGUUUUUACUAGUAUGUUUGUCAUUUUUGAGUAUUUCAUGAUGCAAGUGUGAUUUUUAAAAAAAUGAAAACAAGACACUUGAUUUUGAAGCUAUAUAGAAUGGCUUGGAUUCAAGGACAAGGUGUUUCUCUAAAAACCUCUUCCUUUUUAGAGCAGCCUGCUUCAAUCUGGUACCCUCCAGAUGUUUUGGACUACAACUCCAAUCAACCCCAAGCAGCAAAGAGGGCACCGGACUGAGGGAGGCUGCUUUAGAGAGAGAGAGAGAGAAACAGCCCUUGGAUGCACCGGAAGUAAGUCUUUGGAUUGUGGCCAUUAUCUUUCAAACAAGUGCAACUAGGAUGGCACAUUUCUUUCCUCCACUGCGGUCUUUGUUUUGGUAGCGUGUGCUAUAUUCACAUUGACUUGUGAAGCUCAAAUUGCUGGGUUUGGGAACUCUUAUUCUUCCUAAUCCUUAAAGGAUUUCAGAGGUAUUAACCACAGACCCUGAGUGCUUAACAGGUGAUUUGUCAACACUUUGCUAACAUAGCAUGCUUCACAAGUCGAAUGAGUUGAGGUUUAUUGUAAAGUCUGCUUUUGUUGUUUCCACACCCGCAUCCCACCAGAGUGGCGAACCUUGCCUUUUAAGGCAGAUGCUGUUUCUAAACCUGAAAGUCUAUUUUUUAAAAUAUUUGUUUUAUCUCGGUAGUGGGAUGUUAAAACAUUCUUUGAACAUACGCAUUUUAAUUCAGAUACUUCUAUUUAAUUUGGGUAGUUAAAAUCAUAAGAUCUAGCUGUUGGAGACCUGAAAGGAAAGAGCUGGAAAACAAAUUGCAUAUUAACAUUUUUUAGGAGGUGUUUUUGUUCUGUUUUGCUUGAAUUUGCAUCCUAAGUCAGCUGCUGCUGGUUUCCCCCCCCCUCCUUCUGGCUUCCACUAUAUUUCUUGAAUAAAUGUAACUGUUCAUAUGCGAGUGAGGUGAACCUUUCUUGUUCCUCUACCAUUUUUUUUCCUUAAAAGCAUUGUCACUUAUAAUAUUACAGUUCAUAUCCUGUUGAUCUUUUGUGAGUUGUUACACCUAUAUUGCAAAGGAUGGAUAACUUGAUAUCUCUUAUAAUAUUGCUGUCCUAAUAAUGUACAGCA